CUGGCUCUUGUCUUCACCCGCCACCGUACAAUCGCUGUUCGCUAGGCUUCAGGGCUGGUACAUUUCAUCGUCCCCCACCUGAGCCACUUUACAGACAUGUACUCGACAACGCCACCGAGAAAGCUGAAGCGCACCGCGUCGACGCUGACGCCUGGCGCCACAACCUACGCGAAGCGUUUGCGCACUACGAGUGGUAUGCUCGCGCGUACCGCCAGCAUGGAUGGUCUGCUAUCUGCAUCCACAUCCAGAAGUGCUACACCCGCCCCCGCAGCGCCAGCCUACUACGGCAAGCCGUCCGAGGCGCCCCGCUUGCUGGCGGGUCCCGAUGAAGCGGGCCUAGCGCUGAUGCGGCGAGAGCUCGAAUCCGCGAGUCCUAAAAAGCGUCAUGGGCUUCGCAAGUCGAACUCGUUCCUCAGCGCCAGCGAGCUAACCGAUUUUGACUCGGAAUACGAUCUUCCGCCCUCAAAACACCUCGGGCUGAAGAGAUCGUCGUCGUUCUACAGCGAGCGCUCCGACUUUGGCUCGGAAUAUGACUUCCCGCCGCGCUCUGAGCUUGGCUCAGAAUACGACUUUCAGGCCUCGCUCUCAACCUCUUCGAGGCGCGAUCCCAUCGAUUCCCAGCCACCCGUCCUCUCCGAGAUCAGCGCGUGCAAGCACCUACAGCCGACGGGCACCUCCUUCGAUUACUCCCUCCCGCCCGGCUUCGACGCCUCCCUCCCCAUCCCCCUCGCCUGCACCUUCUCCGACGUCGUCCUCUUCCCCCGCAAGAACCGCAUCUACGGCAAGAACCUCACCACCGCCACCGCGCCCUCCCAGCUCGCCAAGAUCCCCGAAAAGCACGGCGGGCUGACGAUCCUCGCCGCCGCGGGCGCGGACCUCCCGCACCUCUUCGCGGCGGCGACGCAGAGGAACCAGAUCUACGUGUACGACGUGAGCAAGCCAAACGAGCCCGUGACGUGGUUCGGCGCGGGCGCGGAGGUGGGCGCGAUGGCGUGGAGCCACGCGGUGCUGACGGUCGGCGACGGCAAGGGGCGCAUCCGGCACUACGACACGCGCAUCGCGCCCGCGGGCCGCAUGCGCGAGCAGGCGCGGCGGCUGAUGCGGCACCAGGCGAAGGUGAGCGCGCUGGGGUACCACCGGCUGGGGAACAAGCUCGCGAGCGGGGACGCGGCGGGGACCGUGCUCGUGUGGGAUAUCCGCAAGCAGGACACGGCGCCGAUGGACGUGGGCGAGUUCGUCCUGCGGAGGAAGAAGAUACAGCAUGAGGCGCCGAUUUCGUCGAUCUCCUGGUCCCCGUUCGACUCGCAGACGUUCGUCACAGGCGACACAUCCGGCAUCAUCCGCCGCUGGGACGUCACCGACAACACGCCCUCCAAGGACAACUCCUGCCUCCCGAAGGUCACCGACCACAAGCGCGCCGUGCUCGCGCUGAUCCACGCGCCGUCUGGCUGCCGGGAGCUCUUGUCCGUGCACAGCGGCCCGUCCCUCCCUGCCGGUAGCCCGCUCGAGGAGCGCCGGCACUCCCUCCCCGACGAUGCCCGCAGCUCUUCUCUCCCCGACUCCUCUCAAUCCACCUCUCCAGCAUCCCGUCGCCACUCUGGCGCCCCUCAGCCCAGUCCACUCGACGUGCGCGACCCCUGGACGGAGCCCUCCACCUCCACCUCCACCUCGCCCCCAGACCCCACCACCUCCUCCUCCUUCCCCUCCUCCUCCACCACCCCCCGCGCGCCCGACGCCGCCAACGCCGUCGUCGUGCACACGGGCAACCUCAGAAAGUACCUCGGCACGGUGCCCGUGGCGCCGCGCCCGCUCGCGGCCGCGGCGCUCGCGAGCGCGGGGCGGCGGAUCGUGUUCGCGGUGGCGGAUUGCGAGGCGGUGGGUGAGGGAGAGGCGGUGGGUGAGGGAGAGGCGGUGGGUGAGGGAGAGGCGGAGUUCCCGAGCGCGCGACAGGAGACCGACACGCAGCCGGGUGAUGAUGGGAGGCGGGGUGUGCGGGACGAGGGAGCGGCUGCGGCACUGGAGGGAGAGAAGGAGAAGGCGGGGAAGGGGAUCAGGAAGGGCAAGAUCGAAGUGUGGACGUGCUGGGGGAAGCCAAGGGCUGAGCCGCGGCGGACGAUGUCGAUGAUGCUGCGGUGAAAGAGGCGUUCAUAUUCGAUGCGAGGCAUACGGGCGAGCGGUAGUCUUGUCAACCACCCUGACAAGGAGGAGAAGGCGUGUACGGUAUCAGGAUUAGAUGUAUUGUACAUGUCGGUGUAUCGGUAGGUGUAUUUCUGGCGAAUUUGGAAGGGCUGUGUCUGUACGUAUGAUUUGGAAGGGAUAUGUCUGUAUGCAUGGCCAAACAUCAAUCGGAGGCUAUACAUACAUGGCCCAAGACCGAUUGAAGGCUAUGGAUGGCCGAACAUCGAGUG